UCAGUCGGGAACCAAAGAGAGUUACACUCGGUGAACGUAAACGAAUUCAUCGUAUAUAAUUUUAAUUUUAUUUAUUUUUUGUGAUACGUCUAAAUGCACAAAGGUCGUUUGUAAACUAUGUCAACGCGAUGUUCGGACUAAAAAGUAGUAAACACGCCGUCGACAGCUCUGUGCUGCUUUUAAAACUGGUGUAUAAAAUUCCUUGGAUAUAUACAGCUUUGCGAACUCUAGUGGAUGUAUGGCCCCAGCUCGCAAAACCAGAGGUGAUGUCAGUACUGAGUAGGAGCUCGGUGCUGAUGAGACAGCGCGACAGAGUGGAGGAAACGUUGGAUGCCAUGCAACAAGCGGGCGCCGCGAGCCUGCAUGUAAUUUCUGACUUUGACAUGACGCUGACCAGAUUCGCCCACAAUGGCAAAAGAGUUCCGACAACUCACAACAUUCUGGAUAGCAGGUUGUUGGUUGAUGAAGAGUGUGGCAAAAAGAUGAGAGAGCUGCUGAAUACGUACUAUCCCAUCGAGAUAGAUGCUAGCCGGACUGUUGAAGAGAAGCUGCCAUUCAUGGUGGAGUGGUGGACAAAGGUUCACCAUCUGCUGGUGGAGCAGAAGAUCCGGAAGGAUCUUCUGGCUCCGGCUGUCAGGGAGUCCAACGCUGCCACCUCCAUGCUCAGGGAUGGCUACAGGGUGUUCUUCGACCAUCUGGCCCAGCGUGACGUUCCUCUUCUCAUCUUCUCUGGUGGCGUCGGAGACGUGCUGGAGGAAGUGAUCCGACAGCACGGCGUCUUUCGUCCCAGCGUUCACGUCAUCGCCAACUACAUGGACUUUGACCACGCUGGCGUCCUGCGGGCCUUCAAGGGGGACCUGAUCCACACGUUCAACAAGCGCAAGGGCGCUCUGUCGCACGUCGCCCGCUUCCCCGAACUCCAGGCUCGACGCAGCGUGCUGCUGCUGGGAGACUCUCUCGGUGACCUCAACAUGGCGGCCGGCGUGCCCGAGCCUCGCCGCCUCCUCACUGUGGGCUUCCUCAACGACCAGGUGGACGCAAGGAGAGAGUCGUACGUCAACUCUUUUGACAUCGUCGUGCUGGCGCAGGACGACACGAUGGACGUGCCCAACGCCAUCCUCAGGUUUGUGAUGUCAUCGGGAGACAACAACGGGAACUGAGACGGACGCUUUAUUGCAAUAUUUCCUCAAACUCAAUGAUGACCCAUUGGAUCUUUUUAUGGAAUUCCUUCAUCAGCAUGGCUGACAGGGAGUUUUUCAUAAAUAUACAGUGCAUUUGCAAACCAUUCACAGCGCUUCACUUUUCCCACAUUUAGUUACGUUACAGCCUUCUGCUGAGCUCCAUGACAAAGGCUGGGAAUGCGAUUUCUUAAGAGUAAAUGUAGCUUCAAAAUUAAAAAAAAACUACGUUCCUGGUAGCCAGAUGGUCAUGAGACAACGCAGAAGGACGGGACGCCGAUUCUUCAUUCGACUCUGUCGGGGGGCAACAUAAGUGCCCCAGAGCUGCCUUGUGUCUGUGUAGAAUUUUGAGGAAAAACAUCCAUUCAAUCCGUUUUGGAUGAAGGCUGUAACAUAACAAAAUGUGGAAAAAGAGAAGCGUGGUGAAUACUUUCGGCAUGCACUGUAGGCCGGUUUCAUAUUUCUUUAAUUAUUGGCCACCCCUGUAAUAAGUAGACAGUAAAAUAUGUCAGACUAAAGUACAAUUUUGCUUCUGAAAGUCCUACAUUAGUUGUAUAUCAAUGUUAAUGUACAAGCAUCAACCGGUGCUAAAUGUUUUUAUUUGUGUUAUGUUUAUGUAGAAUCUUCAAUGCUGUUGUGUUGUCGACGCCUCCUGACUGGCAGUUUUCAAUUUCUUACUCAUUGUGUUUCGAUUCGAGCACUGGACACACUAGAUUAGGUACACUUGCACUGUUACUUAUCUCCAAUACUAAAACUACAUAUAAGUAAAUGAUUAUAUAGAGUUGAAUUGAAUCGAAUUGAUCUGUUCUACAAAUGAGAAUCAAACACAGUUGCAAUUGAAAGUUGAAUAAAAUGGGAAAUUGAAUCAGAAAUGGAGGCGGGUGUCAAGAAUGGAAAAUUGAAUCGAAUCAAUUUGAUCUGUACCGAGUAAGAAUGAAAUCAAAGUUGAAUCAUUAUGAAUUCACAAGCGCAAUAACACAAAUUGAAGAUUAACAAAUCUUGACUGCCAAAUGACAAAUUGCCAUUACAGUGUGAGUGUACCUAAUAAAGUGGUAAAUGCUACAUUACACGCCACUCCAUCUGUUUAACAGUUGCCAUUUAUUGCAAACUUGAAUUUCAUUUGUAUUUUAAAAAAAACAACUAUGGAAAACAGAGCACUAAGGAGUCUUGUAGUCUCAUGUUCAUAAUUUAAAACUAUGCAUCUAAAAAAAAAUAUAUAUAUAUCUAUAUAUAUAUUUUUAAACACUUCUAACACAAAAACAAAAGCGUGUUGCUUUGGUCAGUGCAACCUUAUUGAUUGUAAUGCCACAUUGAGAUGGACACUUUUUUGUGUGUGUUAUGUUUAAUACCAAUGAGACAUUGCAGUAUUAUUUGAAGUUUAAAGUGUGGCUGUAAAAUGACAUUUCAAAUCACGUGACUUUCAGGGUGCUUGUUUGUCUCGUC